AUCACAACUACGCCCCAUGCUCCAGACAACGCGUGCAAGGCCUCGGAUACCCCCAACCUCAGCCUUUGACCAUGGCUGUACGUACGGCAAUAUUUCCUGAUAGAAGAGCGGUGAGACCGUCGAAGCAAAGGCUGACAAUCAGACCGAACAGUCCUCUGAAAACCCUCUGUGGUGACUCCCGAGACCGGGGAGGACUUUGCACCCCGGACGCCGGUCAUAGCGGAGCCCGAGCACACCUGAGCGCACAUCAUGAUGGCGGCCGGACCAAGCUACAACGGUACGUAUAACCAGAGUGGGCGUGAAGUAGCAAGACAAGAUUGAUUGAGCUUUACCGUCUUGCACCGAUACUCGGAGUGCCUGGACCAAAAGACGUCGGAAUCCACAGCAUGGCCGAAACAUCAACGCGCCGCCACGAGCCUACGAGUCAAGCCGCAAAUACCAGUACGAACGGUCAAGUCGUGAGAGGCGACGUGGAGUAUGAUGGACGAGUCGUUUUGUACAUUAUCAAAGCCGACCAAACAAGCUACAUCAACUACAUCAAACCUCUCAUUCUGGCCGAGGAGCUGCAAUUCCCCCACGUCAUCUCAGUCAUCGACACCAAGGAGGAGUGGUAUUAUCGAAUCCAUCCGGAACGAUAUGUCCCCGCUCUGAAGGACCAGGAUCCUGUGACAAAGCAGGAGGUAAUCGUCUUCGAAAGCACAGCAUGCUUGCAGUAUCUGGCUGAGCGAUUUGAUCCGCAAGGGGAGUGGAGCGGCAAAACUGCUUGGGAAAGGGCUCAAGUACUGUCAUGGACAGCGUACCAAACUGCUGGGUUAGGGCCUACAGCGAAGUAUUGGCUCUAUUUCCUAAAGGGGUAUCCGAAUCGCGCAAAUCCGGAGGUACUUCCAAAGACCGUCGCAAAACUGCACUCAAACUGCCUUGUUCAGUGGGAUAAACUCGACAAGCGGCUCUCAGAAGCUGGGCAGAACUAUGUUGGUCUACCGGACCGCCCAACAGUUGCCGACAUUUCUUAUUUUCCGUUCGCUAUGCCCUGGAUGUUCAAGUUUCUCGGCGUAGACAUAGCUGAUUGGCCACAUAUUGAGGCGUGGAGUAAGCGGAUGCUGAAUCGUCCCGCUGUGCAACGGAUACUGGAACGCGGGCCCAGGUACGGACAUGACAUGGAUGAGUGACAGAAGUAGUUAUGCUUUACGAGUCGAGACUCAACGAAAUGGUCAAAAUCUUUUA